GUGAGGGGUGGGUUGUCUGUAAACGUUAGGACCAGAGAUGAAAGCAGUUGAACAGUUGUAAAUUCAUGUUAUCCCAUUGCAGCAAAGGGGGUGUCUGUAGUAACGAGUAAGUAUGGGGCUGAAUGAUACAACUGUCGAAAGUUUGUCACAACCUCUAUGGUUAGUGAUGUGAGCUGUUGGAGUGUUGUAGGUUGUUGGGUCCAGUGGGUCCCCAGGAAUGCAUGCGAACUAGCGGUCUCAUCCUCAUCAUCAUUCCCAGCCUCACACGAACUGUCAAGCGAACGUUGGGAACCACGCUGGAAGAGAGGCUGGAACAGGAGCACCGUCUGAAAUAUGAUACAUUUGCCGAGGAUUCAUUCUUCCGAGAUAUAACUGGACAUGACAUCCUUGUUACUGAACUGUCAACGCCUCUGCUCGUAGGGAAGCCCAGGGGCAGUCGCGACUCGUGUACAGGGAGGAUAAACGCUCUCCGACGAGGAAAAUCAAGGUCCUGCGUGUAGUUCUCCUUAGAAGCCUGCAGGGGGCGAGCACAAGAGGCCUCUGCCCCUCCUCCCCUCCCUCCCUCCGGCGGCCAGAGACCCAGCCCCCCUGUUCAUGGAUGCCCGGCUGGGCCUGCUGCACGCUGGGGCUCUUCUGCUCCCCCUACUCCUCCACCUCCACCUCCUCCUCCAGCUCCUCCUUCCCCUGAGGACCCUGGGGGGCCACGGAACCAUUGUCGCUGCCGCCUCCUCCUCCUCCUCCUCCUCCUCCUCCUCCUCCGCCGCCACCACCGCCACCGCCGCAGGCACCUACUCCAACUCCUGGGCCGUGCACAUCGCCGGGGGCGCCCACGAAGCCGAGAGGAUCGCCAGGAAACACGGCUUCGUCAACCAUGGCAACGUAUUUGGUGAUUACUAUCACUUCCAGCAUCACUUUGUGGUGAAGAGAUCUCUCUCUGCUCAUCGGGGACUUCAUGUGCGACUGAACUCCGAACCACAGGUGUUGUGGCUGGAACAGCAGGUGGUGAAGAAGAGGCGACGGAGGCAGGUGUUCGCCGAGCCCUCCGACCCAAAGUUCUCCCAGCAGUGGUACCUGUCUAACCCGAGCCACCGCGACCUGAAUGUGAAGGAGGCGUGGGCGCAGGGCUACACGGGCAAGGGAGUGGUGGUCACCAUCUUGGAUGACGGCAUAGAGAAGGACCACCCUGACCUGGCACAGAACUACGAUCCAGAUGCCAGUUACGAUGUGAAUGACAGAGACCCGGAUCCACAGCCUCGUUAUACACAGCUCAAUGACAACAGGCAUGGGACGCGCUGUGCCGGGGAGGUGGCCGCCGUCGCUAGCAACGGCAUCUGUGGUGUGGGCGUGGCUUACAAUGCCAAGAUUGGAGGCGUGCGUAUGCUGGACGGCGAGGUGACUGACGUGGUGGAGGCGCGCUCGCUGAGCCUGAAGAACCAGCACAUCCACAUCUACAGCGCCAGCUGGGGCCCCGAGGACGACGGCAAGACCGUGGACGGCCCCGCCAAGAUGGCCAAGGAGGCCUUCCAAACGGGGGUCGCCGAGGGCCGUGGCGGGCUGGGCUCCAUCUUCGUGUGGGCGUCGGGUAACGGCGGUCGGGAGCACGACAGCUGCAACUGCGACGGCUACACCAACAGCAUCUACACGCUGUCCAUCAGCAGCACCACCCAGCUGGGCAGAGUGCCCUGGUACAGCGAGGCCUGCUCCUCCACCCUCGCCACCACCUACAGCAGCGGCGGCACCGACGAGAAGCAGAUCGUGACAACAGAUCUGCAUCAGAAGUGCACCGACUCCCACACAGGCACAUCUGCCUCUGCUCCGCUGGCCGCUGGAGUCAUCGCACUCGCUCUGGAGGCCAAUAUGAACCUGACGUGGAGGGACAUGCAGCACCUGGUGGUGCACACCUCACGCCCCGCCCACCUCAUCGCCAGCGACUGGAGGACCAAUGGGGUCGGCCGGAGAGUGAGCCAUUCAUAUGGAUACGGGCUGCUGGAUGCCAGUGCUAUGGUGUCUCUGGCUCAGAACUGGACGAGCGUUGGACCCCAGCACCAGUGUGUCAUUCACCUGCUCUCUGAGUCCAGGGAGUUCCAGGCGCCCCUGGUGUUCAGUAAGAGCGUAGAGGCGUGCUCGGGGCAGGCUGAGUUUGUGAGCUCUCUGGAGCACGUGCAGGCGCGCCUCACCCUCUCCUACAAGCACCGCGGCAACCUGGCCAUCCACCUCAUCAGCCCACUGGGGACACGCUCCACGCUGCUGCAUCCCAGGCCCCAGGACAUGUCCGCUGAUGGCUUUAAUGACUGGGCCUUCAUGACCACACACUGCUGGGACGAAGACCCCCGUGGGGAGUGGACCCUGGAGAUCCAGGAUGCCUCGGGACUCAGUAACUAUGGUGUGCUGUCUCAGGUCACUCUGGUCCUGUACGGUACGGGUUCUAGUGCUGCUGACCCGGCCGUCUCAGAGCUCAGCCGUCCCACCAACAACAGCUGCAAGACCUUCGACCUGCAGCAGAUCUGCAUCGAGUGCAGCGCGGGCUUCUCGCUCUACCUGCAAGGCUGUGUGAAGGUGUGUCCGGCCGGCUUCAUCGCGGGGCUGCAGCAGCUCAACCUGUCCCUGGAGACCUGGGUGGAGCGCUCGUCGGUCCAGGCCUGCCUGCCCUGCCACUCGUCCUGCCUGACCUGCUCCGGGCCCGGCCCCUCCGACUGCCUCUCCUGCCCCACGCACAGCCACGUGCUCCUGGGCGCCUGCCUCAACCAGAGCCCGGUCCAGCGCAAGUCCCCCAGCGCGCCCGCCGCAUCAGCAGGGGAAGGGGCCAAGGUUGAGGAGGACGUAGUGGAGAAGGGAGGAGAAGGAGAAGAAAGAGGAGGAGGGGUGGGACGGUUUGAGCCGAUUCCCCGCGAGUCGUCGUCCAGCCACCUGCCCGCUCUGGUGGGCGCGCUCAUCUGUGCCUUGGUGCUGGCCGGCGUGGGCGGCGUCUUCCUGCUGCUGCAGUGGCGCUCGGACAGCGGCGCCCCCGGUGGCCGGAGGACUAAACUGCCCUCGCUGGCCUCGGCGGGGGAGGGCCUCCGGGCCGGACUGGGGCUCGGUCUGGGGGGGCUCGGGGGGCGCAGCGGAGGGCCCAGGGUGUUCUACAGGGGGAUCCCCACCGUGUGGGGGGACGAGGAGAUGGCCGACGGCACCUGCUGCCGCGGCGACGGCGACUCCGAGUCGGACAACGAGGAGUUUGACGGCCAGAGCGAGCGGACGGCCUUCAUCAGGACUCAGAGCUCUCUGUAGCAACGCCGCUGCGCUCCUCCACCCGCCUGCCUGCCCAUGCUGCUGCUGCUCCUUCCUCCUCCUCCUCCUCCUCCUCCUCAACUCCCCCGCAGGGAGCAAACCUCUGACUCUCUCCCCAUCUGCUUCUAACUCCUGCCAUCUUGCUCUUGCUCUCCAAAAUCCAGAUGCACCUUACUCCUCUCUCUCUAUUUUGCUGACACUCUUCUUCCCUCUUUCUCUUUUUCCUCUCCGUGUCUGUCUCUCUCUCUCUCUUCCCCCUGGCUGGCUCUGUCUCUGUGUGUUUUGGAUGAACAGGUGAACAGCAGGGUGGGUGUUGGAAGUGGGGGUGGUAGAGGUGUGUGUCGGGAGGGGGUCUGACCUGACAGAGCUGGGUCUCUGUCAGCAUCAUGGCAGGUAGCGUUUCCGCCCGCGCUCAGAUGGAUGUCUUGGGAGAGCCGCAAAGCUCAGCAGCAGGUGUGAGUGUUGGUGAUGAGGGAGAGAUGGAGAGAAGAGAGAACGAACAGAGGAGGAGGGAGAGAUAGAGAGAAGAAGAGAACAAAGAGAGGAGGAGAGACACAGAGAGUAGCAGGCUCUAUGCUAGAUGUGUGACCAGACAAGCUUACUUGUGGCCUGAAUUUCCUUACUAACAACCCCCCGCACACACACCACCACCACAGUCACUACCACCGAUGUAUUUUUGUCCUCUGUGUUUUAUGCUUUAAGGAGGAUGUAUGUCACACUUCCUUGUGUGGGCGACUGGGCGUGAGUGCAGUUGUGUGUGCGUUUGUACGUGUGUUUUUUCAAGGUGAUAGGAGAUGAACCUAAGGGCUGUAACGGUUUGCACUAGUUCAGAGGGCAGCAAGCAUUGCAGAGUAGUGUUGUUGUUAGCGUUGUUAGCCUUGUUAGCGCUGAGGUUAUAUAUGCACAGCUGGGCUGCCCGGGCGGGGGAUGCUCAUUUCCUCUUCCUGUUUUGGUAGCACCUAAAACACCGCCUCCAAAAGUGACCCCCCACCCACUACAUUCACAAUCUUUGAUUCGGCUCCACCCAGGUUAUUAUAGCACUCAUGCAAUGCCAUACUAGGAGGCUUGAUGGCUCUCGUGAAGAAGAAGAACCUUCGAGCUGUAUUACAGUAAUCACUGUAUCACCUUUCGCAUCGUAUCGCAACUCCCAUAUGUUUAUGCAGAGAAAGGUAUAAUUAAGUGAUUAUGCCGUGUGUGUGUGUGUGUGUGUGUGUGUGUGUGUGUAUGGGGGACGAUAAACGGUGUGCGACUCAUAAAUAGCAGUGGGAAGCAGCCUUAAAGGAUAUGUUUGAUAGAGCGCACACACACACACACACACAAACACACACACACACUUACCAAUUAUCCAAAACAUUGCAGUAGAAGAAUCCCCUCUCUGCAUCCCCUGCCGAUCUUUGUUGUGUGAAGUGUGAGGUAUUUACAAGUGCUUUAAAGAUCCCACUGUACACAUCAACUGCAUUUCUAAAGAACCAAACGUGUGUUUUUUUUGUUUUGUUUUUCUUGGGCUUUUUACUUUUGCUUUCUCUUUAGGAUCCCACAGUGCACAAAUUUACUGUCUUUAUCCCCAAAGAUGCUGUAUUGAUUUUCAGGUUUUCAGCUUAAAAACAUGUCUCGGUUGUAUUCUAGUUUAAUUGUGGCAUCGAGAAAGCGUGUGUGUGUGUGUGUGUGUGUGUGUGUGUGUGUGUGUGUGUGUGUGUGUGUGUGUGUGUGUGUGUGUGUGUGUGUGUGUGUGUGUGUGUGUGUGUGUGUGUGUGUGUGUGUGUGUGUGUGUGUGUGUGUGUGUGUGUGUGUGUGUGUGUGUGUGUGUGUGUUUCUAAAGGUCAGAGCAUAUCUCUUAAGAUUUUAUCACUGAGCACACAGGAGUGAAGAAUUACAUCUGCAUUGAGAGACUACAUGUUAGCACAAAGCAGCCUAUUUUAAAUUUAAUAUGUUGGAUCAGUUUUUUCUAGCUUUUACUCUAUUUAACUGAUGUUGAUACAAUGUCUAUUAAAUUAAUUGUUAAGAAACAAUG